CAAGCAUUGGUUGGGCAGGUGCUUCUGUCAGCUAAGCAUCUUCAGAGGAACUAAGUUCUUCUUUAACUUGAGCGUCUUCAGAGGAACCAAUUGCUUCUUUAACCAAGAGCGUCUUUCACCUGAGCAUCGCCAAUUGAACCAAAAGCAUUUCUUCAAGAUGGGUCGAGAAAGAAAUGAUCGGUGGAUGCUCAAGUUUUUCAUAUGGAUGUGGAUGACUGUCCAGUCCUUGGCCUCGGCUCCGGCGUCAUCCAAACCACAUAUCAUCUUUCUUCUUGCGGAUGAUUUAGGCUGGUACGAUGUUUCGUGGCAUAACCCGAAGGCGAUAACACCGAACAUGGAGGCCUUGGCGAAUGAGGGAAUCAUUCUGGAACAAUCGUAUGUUCAGCCUCUUUGUACACCCACCCGAUCAGCACUUAUGACUGGGAGAUAUCCCUUCACUAUUGGGAGACAGGGUCCACCCAUCAUGAACACAGUUCCAACAGGACUCCUCCUUAAUGCCACCAUCCUGCCGGAGUCGCUGAAGAAGGCUGGCUAUUCUACACACGCUGUCGGAAAGUGGCACCUGGGAUUCUGCCAUUGGGACUAUACACCAACUCAUCGAGGCUUUGACACAUUUUACGGGUUGUACACUGGGAUGGGUGAUCACUAUUAUCACGACUCUUAUGCAUCAAUGACAGAAACGGGACCACGUGGAUAUGACUUCCGCAACAAUGAUGAGCCAGACUUCAGCGUCAAUGGGACUUACGACACGUACAUGUAUGCAGACUACGUUGAGGACCUGCUCUCUUCGAGGGAUCCUGUAGAGCCAAUGUUCCUGUACGUGGCCUUCCAGAGCAUCCAUUCUCCGAUGCAAGUUCCGGAUGUGUACAGAGAUCCCUUCCGCUAUAUAGGGAAUGAAAGUCGGGAGAUUUCUUUGGGGAUGUCAUACGCCAUGGAUGACGCUAUAGGAAGAGUGGUUACUGCUCUGAAAGCGACAGGACACUAUGAAAACUCCGUCAUUGUCUUCAGCUCAGACGUAAGUAUAAAUACUUUGCACUUCAUCUAAGGCUUAUCUUCGAUAAGAAAUUCGAUCUGAAACUUUUAUACUUGUCAUACUUAACUGUCUUGGAAAGGUGGAAAAAGGACUUAAGGGAGUUUAUUAAGUAUAUCUUAGUUUAACCAGACCACCGAGUCGAUUAACAGCUCUCCUUGGGCUGGACCGAAGGAUUAGAGAUUUUUACGUAGCUAGGAGGUAAUUGGUUACAUAGCAACGGGACCUACAGCUUAUUGUGGGAUCCGAACCAUAUUAUAUUAAGAAAUUAAUUUCUAAUCACCAGAAACCAAUUCCUCUGAUUCCACGCUGCCAGAGGGGGGAAUCGAACUCGGGAUUACCGUAUUGGUAGGCGAGCGCGUAAACCACUCGUCCAACGAGGAACUACGGGAGUUUAUUACUACACAAGCAAAUUUACCCCAAAUAUUCUCAUUACGAUUAAAUGAAAACUGUUACGUUCCUGUUAAAUAUAUUAGGCUACAAUUGUGAAUGUAUCCAACAACAGACAUCUAGCAUACAAACAGGAGAAACAAAAGAAAUGCUUGAUGGAAUAGCGAGAUGAGAGCGAAAUGCAUUGUACAAUGAAUUAAGAGUUGAAAAGCGAAAGGUAAGGAGAAAAUGAAUAUUUGGGAUAGGUUUUAGCAAGGGUCUCAAGGUGAAACCGUGACUGCAUUGGCAAGAAGUAACUGCUGUCAAAAAAUAAUGAGCAAAUGGAUCUUAGAAUAACAGAAGUAAAAGAAUGGACGAUACCCAAAGAAAAUGCACUCUGUCCACAGGAUGCAAUAAAGGCAAAAUAAAACUGAAUACCCCAAGAUUGUCUGGGAACAUGUAAUGCGAUCAACAGAAAAAUAACAGUUAAAUGACACUUGGAGUUGAAAGGAUUAAAAGUGAGGUGUUAUGGAAUAAUUAAGUGACUCACUAUACUCUGUUUUUUUCCAUCUGUCCAUCCGCCUGUGGUGUUUUUGUAUGGUAACACUGCGUCCCGGGCUUUAAAUAGUUACGCUAUGUGUAAGUUUUAGGUAAAUGAAAGGAUAUCUGGGUGUACAUUUGCAACUGAAAAGUGUUUUAAUACUUUACUGUAUGCGAAUUACACCGUUAAUAUUCGAAAUAGGAUAUUAUUAUUAUUGUUGAAUGUAAGCUGAAUGUAACUAUCUAAAGCCCGGGACGCAGUGUUACCAUACGCAAACACCACAGGCGGAUGGACAGAUGGAAGAAAACCGAGUAUAGUGUGUGAGGCAUGCUUGGUUGAAGCAUAUUUUUCGAUAAUUUAUUGACUGUUUAAUUUGAAAAGUAACAAGUGUAAAUAGUCAUAGCACCAUAACUCAAACUUGUACAUAUAGGAAAAGUUUACCAAAAAAAGGUGAGAUACAUAACAGCGUUUUAAACAAUAGAUAUGGUGACCUUGACACAUCUUCAGGUAGAAUUAAUAGGAUAAAAUGUGAGUUUUAAGUGUUCAUAGUGUAGAAAUUAAUUUGGUAAGACUGAUUAAUUUUUAUUAUGAAAGUUAUUUUUUUAAUACAGACUUGAAAAUUAUUAGUUUUAUGUCGGAGUUUUUAUUAUGUGUUUUUUUUUUACACUUUAUACGUGAAAGUGACUAUUUUUAUGUAAGAGUUGGUCUCUAACCAGGGUAAGUUAUGCAUCCGUGGCUUUAAUACUUUCUGUAUGAAAUUAGUCAAGAAAAAAUGGAUGUAGGAGCAUAUAUAUUUGGCAAAAUUACCAUAAUAUAUAAAAUUAUACUAAUAGUGUUCUAUUUUUUAAAGAAUGGUGCUAUGCAAAUAACGGCAUCAACUGGCCCCUGAGGGGAGGUAAAAGUACCCUUUGGGAAGGGGGCACCCGUGCCCCAGGGUUCAUCCACUCUCCGCUCUUGACAAAAAUUGGAUUCAAGUCUCAAACACUUUUCCACGUCACCGACUGGUUUGCAACUCUGGUGGGAUUGGCUGGAGGAGAUGUCCCUGAAGGAACCGAUGGGUUUGACCAAUGGGAAGCUCUCACCAUGGAAACGGAGUCCCCAAGGACCUCCUUCGUCUAUAACUUGAAUAGUGACCCCAAGAACGGUACUGAAUUAAACGGAGCUUUCAGGAAAGGUGAAUACAAGCUGAUGGUCGGCAACAUGAAGGGAGGUCAAUGGAUAGAACCACCAGAGGGCUUUGACGAAGGAGCCCCAAGAAGCUAUGAUGCUGUUAGUGGAAUAACUGUGGUAGAGUCGCCUGUCCAACUCUACAAUGUUAUAGAGGACCCCGAGGAACGCCACGACGUCGCCGACAGCUACCCAGAAAUAGUGGCCGAAUUGCUGGAGGACCUGGAACGGGAGUUCCAGCGUUUGGUGCCAGUGGACAACCCUCCACAGGACCUCAGCAGCGACCCGAAGUAUUUCGAAGGCGUGUGGAGUCCUGGAUGGUGUGACCCUCGCUAAUUUAUUACUUCCGCUCCCGUUUAGUCUUUUCCAAAUAAGCGCGUUCGCCUUUCUGGAUUUGGGAUCGUCCUCGUGACUUCUAAACACUGUUGCAUGUUUCUGAGCGUUCGUUUUUGGGAUGAGGUUGCUAGCUUAAUGCCCCUUACGUUAGGUAUUAGUGUGGGAACCUAAGGGGGAGAUGGAACCAUAGUAAAAUGUACAAUUUGAAUAAAACGUAAUACGCAUUUA